AUGGCCGAUUCACCUCCCUUACUCUCAAAUUCUGCUCCAAGUUCUGAUCUUGCUAACAACGGCUUCAGGUGGUCCCAAGUAUUACAAGUCAUUCUUAUUUCAAUGACUUCCUUCUUUGAAGCACAACAAACUUUUAUCACAAUUUUCACUGAUGCUAAGCCCUCAUGGCACUGCACACAAACUGCAGAUGCAAUCUGCAAUUCUCAAUCCAAUAUUUGCCAACUUCCACCAGGUUCAUGGCAGUGGGACAAACCAGCCAGUACAUCCAUCAUAUCUGAAUGGUCCCUCCAGUGUACAAGCAGUCAAGUUGUUGCUGGCCUACCAUCAUCAUCUUUCUUCGUAGGAAGCCUGCUUGGUGGACUUAUUCUCAGCUUCCACCGUGACUCUCUUGGUCAGAAGAAGCUGCUAGUCCUUUCAUGUCUUACCAUGUCUAUUGCUUCUGUAUCGAUUGCUUUCUCCAGGAAUAUAUGGGACUCCUCAGUCUUGAGAAUGUUAAGUGGUUUUGGCCAUGCAGCGAUUGGAUCUUGUGUCCUGGUUUUGUCAACAGAAAGUAAUGGUGAUACAAUUCUUUGUGUACGAGCCAGCAAAAUGGCUACUACAACAAGGCAGAAGGUAGACAGUGAUCGGUCACUUAUGGGAACUUUGUUGAAGGACAGAUAUAAUUUUCAACAGUUAACAUUGGCAAUGCUUGUUGGAUUUGGCAUUGGAGUCAUUUACUAUGGCAUGCCAGUAGGUGUUGGCAACUUGGAUUUUGAUCUCUACCUCAGUAUUGCUUUUAACGCCAUGCUAGAAAUACCAUCUGCAGUGAUGAUCUACUUGGUAAAAUGCAGGCACAGAAGUUUACUUCUGGCAUUAGCCACCAUUAGUUGUGCUUGCGGCAUUACGAGUAUCAUGGUAGGAAGAGGACUGCAAAUAGGGCUAGAAGUCACGUCUUUCUUCAGUUCCUGUGUAGUUUUUAACUUGUUGCUAAUAUACACAGUAGAGCAACUCUCCAUAAGCACGAGGCUCUCAACUCUAUCGAAGGAAACUAGUAUGAGCGGAACCCUUUCGGUCACAUUGGAUGAGCAACAGCAAGAGCAAGAGAAGGAGCAUGAUGGAUCAAAUUUGUGUAUUCAAGUAUAG